UAUGCUGCUUGUGUUACAAACCCUCGCUCAUCUCCCGAGGACCUGCCAUGUCGGUUGUCGUCGCACCGCGUUCCUGACCGAAUUUCCACUCUAAUUUCUGCCUGAAUUUCGAGGGGCAUUUUGGUACCUGCUUGCUCCUGCGUUCUCCGCAAAUAGUGUACCUGCUAACCCACUCCUGCUUUACACUUCCUGCGUUUCCUCAUCAAGACGACGAUCUUGUAGCCUAGAGAGUUGAGGAAAAGCCGUUAAUUUUAUUCCCCCUCUUUUUAGUGUCAUGGAAGCUGAGCAUGCACUGUCAGCGCAGGAACGGCUUACCGUCACAGGCGAACCGGCAGUACCAGCAGCUCCACCCAUGGAUGCCGCGGCACUUGCGGCGCAUGUUGCAACGCCACUGGCCGCGGCGACAGCAGAUCCAACCGCGUUAGCACCCGCAUCGUACGGUGAAGCAGGCGCGCGCGCAGAAGAGGGCGCGGAGUUAGCGAUAUUGACGACGGAGGAUGCUGGCGGAGACGACACAGCGGGAAACGACGCGCACGGCGAGCAGCCUUCCAUGGCGCAUCCGGCCUUGGCGCAUCCUUUCUCAGACUACGCCGCGAAUAACUCCUUCCCUCCCCACGCGUCGACCGCGCCGUCGCGCCUGGCGAACAUGCCGUCGUACGUCAAUUUCAUCCGGUCCGACUUGGCUCCGCGCCCCGACACGCAGCGCGCGCCCGUGAUUCGCGUGCAUCCGACGGUGUUCGAGGCGCUGCACGCGCUGCGGGAGGGCCUGCAGCUGUGCCGGCCGGCGAAUCGCGUGAGCAUCAGCGACGUGAUCGACCACUUCCUGUGCUGCUCGGCCGAAGAGGUGGACCGCCUGCUGGAGCGGCGCGUGAAGCACAGAAGACAGAUGCUGGCGCUCGUGCAGCAGCAGCAGGGGCAGCAGGGGCAAGCACAGGGGCCGGAGGGGCAAGGGCAGGGGCAGGAGGGGCAGGAAGGGCAGGAGGGGCAAUUGGCAGUAGCUCAGCAAAUGAAUGGCGGACACGUGGCAAUGCAGCAGGAGCAGGCGGGGCAGGGUGGGGAGGGGCAGGCGUUUCCCCCUGGGAGUGUGGCGGCGGGUUACCCGUACUCGUACUCGGCGUUGAUCCCCCCCAUGGCGCAGCCGGAGCAGCAGCGCAAGAAGAGGCGGCGCCGCCAUGUGCAGCCCCCCGCCACACAGAGGAAGCUGCUGCAGCUGCUGCAGCAGCAGGAGCAGUUCCACCCUGGGGGAGGGGCGCUGCAGCAGCAGCCGCUGGCCUUCCCACAACCGGAGCAGCAGCAGCUACAGCAGCAGCAAGGGGGGCAGCAAGGGGAGCAGCAGGGCAUGGGUCACAGGGCAUUGCAAUGGGGCUCUGGGCCGGUACCAAACUACGCUUCUCAGUAGCAGACAAAUGCCGAUGUGUGUUUCCGUUGUGCCAAAUCAUGUUUCGUACGCGUUGCCAUGUGUCCCGUUGCCAUGUGUCCCGUUGCCAUGAGUCCCGUUGCCAUGAGUCCUGUUGCCAUGUGUCCCGUUGCCAUGUGUCCCGUUGCCAUGUGUCCCGUUGCCAUGUGUCCCGUUGCCAUGUGUCCCAUUGCCAUGUGUCCCGUUGCCAUGUGUCCCGUUGCCAUGUCAGGUUAGUGACUCGCUCGAUCACUUCUUUUCCCAGUUCAACAAGUCGGAUGUUGUCCAAAACACCCUGACUAUAGAACCCUCUUUCAAG